AUGGCAAGUCUGAUGAGUCAGAGUCUGUUGACCUACGUAGAAGAAGGAAAUGUUCCUGCUCUGAAAGCGCUUCUUGAGAAAUGCAGGGAUGUAGAUGAGAGAAAUGAGAAUGGCCAGACUCCACUCAUGUUGGCUGCUGAGCAAGGCAAUUUAGAAAUUGUCCAGGAGCUUCUCAAGAAGGGAGCUAAUUGCAACUUGGAAGAUGCAGAUAACUGGACAGCGCUUAUUUCAGCAGCUAAAGAAGGACAUGCAGCUAUUGUAGCAGAGCUACUCAAUUAUAAUGUCAGUUUGGAGCAUCGGGAUUUGGGAGGAUGGACUGCCCUGAUGUGGGCAUCAUAUAAAGGCCGUACCGAAGUAGCUAAACUGCUGCUUGAGAAAGGAGCAAAUCCAAACAUCACCGGAAUGCAAUACAGUGUUUAUCCAAUUAUUUGGGCAGCAGGACGAGGCCACUCAGACAUAGUACAUCUCUUACUGCAGUAUGGGGCUAAAGUGAACUGUUCUGACAAAUAUGGAACCACCCCACUGGUUUGGGCAGCGAGGAAAGGUCAUUUGGAGUGUGUGAAAUACUUGCUGCAAAUGGGAGCUGAUGUUGAUCAAGAAGGAGCUAAUUCUAUGACUGCACUUAUUGUAGCAGUGAAGGGUGGCUAUACUGACUCAGUAAAAGAAAUACUGAAAAGGAACCCAAAUGUAAACUUAACAGAUAAAGAUGGAAAUACAGCUUUGAUGAUUGCAUCAAAGGAGGGGCAUACUGAAAUUGUGCAGGAUCUUCUUGAUGCUGGAACUUACGUGAACAUUCCUGACAGAAGUGGAGAUACAGUGCUGAUUGGGGCUGUUAGAGGAGGUCAUGUUGAAAUUGUGAGGGCCCUGCUCCAUAAAUAUGCUGAUAUAGACAUCAGAGGCCAGGAUAAUAAAACUGCUUUAUAUUGGGCAGUUGAGAAGGGAAAUGCUACAAUGGUAAGGGAUAUCUUGCAAUGCAACCCUGAUACUGAAACAUGUACAAAGGACGGAGAAACACCACUUAUAAAAGCAACCAAGAUGAGAAAUAUUGAAAUAGUAGAGCUUCUUCUGGAUAAAGGAGCUAAGGUGUCUGCUGUAGACAAGAAAGGAGAUACUCCACUUCAUAUUGCCAUUCGUGGAAGAAGCCGUAAACUUGCUGAAUUACUCUUAAGAAAUCCAAAAGAUGGUAGAUUGCUUUAUAGACCCAAUAAAACAGGAGAAACGCCUUACAAUAUUGACUGUAGCCACCAGAAGAGUAUUUUAACACAGAUAUUUGGAGCCAGACACUUGUCUCCCACGGAAUCUGACGGUGACAUGCUGGGAUACGAUCUGUACAGCAGUGCUUUGGCUGAUAUUCUGAGUGAACCAACCAUGCAACCACCUAUCUGUGUAGGCUUAUAUGCACAGUGGGGAAGUGGAAAAUCUUUCCUGCUUAAGAAACUGGAAGAUGAAAUGAAGACUUUUGCAGGACAGCAGAUUGAACCUCUGUUUCAGUUCUCCUGGCUUAUUGUAUUCCUCACACUUUUGCUGUGUGGAGGUUUGGGUUUAUUGCUUGCUUUCACAGUGGAUGCAAAGCUUGGAAUAGCGGUGUCACUCAGCUUGUUAGCAGUUCUCUACAUUUUCUUUACUGUAAUUUACUUUGGUGGCCGAAGAGAAGGUGAGAGGUGGAACUGGGCCUGGGUGUUAAGUGCAAGGUUGGCAAGACAUAUUGGAUAUUUAGAGUUGCUUCUCAAACUCAUGUUUGUGAACCCACCAGAAUUACCAGAGCAAACCACUAAAGCCUUACCUGUCAGAUUUUUGUUUACGGACUACAAUAGACUGUCCAGUGUAGGUGGAGAAACUUCAUUGGCUGAGAUGAUUGCUACCCUCUCUGAUGCAUGUGAAAGGGAAUUUGGUUUCUUAGCAACAAGGCUAUUUCGAGUUUUCAAGACAGAAGAUACACAAGGUAAAAAGAAAUGGAAGAAAACUUGCUGCCUCCCAUCCUUUGUGAUUUUCCUGUUCAUCUUGUCUUGCGUUGUUUCUGCAAUUGCCCUGCUGGCGAUUUUUAACGUAGAACCAGCCAACAUGACAGUGAAUGUUGUUCUUAUAUCAGUUACCUGCGUUGUUGGUUUGGCCUUUAUCUUGAAUUGUCGCACGUGGUGGCAAGUGAUGGAUUCAGUUUUGAAUUCUCAAAGAAAACGUCUUCACAAUGCUGCCUCCAAGCUUCACAAGUUGAAAAGUGAGGGGUUCAUGAAGGUUUUGAAAUGUGAAGUGGAACUGAUGGCCAAAAUGGCAAAAACCAUUGACAGCUUCACUCAGAACCAGACAAGGCUUGUUGUAAUUAUUGAUGGAUUGGAUGCUUGUGAACAGGACAAAGUUUUACAGAUGCUCGAUACUGUGAGAGUCUUAUUUUCAAAAGGCCCAUUUAUUGCUAUUUUUGCAAGUGACCCACACAUUAUUAUAAAGGCUAUUAACCAGAAUCUCAACAGUGUUCUACGUGAUUCAAACAUAAAUGGACAUGAUUACAUGAGAAACAUCGUCCAUUUGCCUGUUUUUCUGAACAGCCGAGGGCUUAGUAAUGCAAAAAGACUGAUGGUAGCUUCGACAACCAAUGGAGAUAUUCCUUAUACAGAUAGUGCAGGAUUACAUGAAGAAGUUGACAGGAGAGUUUCUCAGAACAGUCUUGGAGACAUGACCAAGCUUGGUAGCAAAACUGCUCUCAAUAGGCGGGAUACUUACCGAAGACGCCAGAUGCAACGUACCAUUACCCGCCAAAUGUCUUUUGAUUUGACCAAGCUGUUGGUUACAGAGGAUUGGUUCAGUGAUAUCAGUCCUCAGACCAUGAGAAGAUUGCUAAAUAUUGUUUCAGUGACAGGUCGUUUAUUGAGAGCUAAUCAGAUCACAUUCAAUUGGGAUAGACUGGCUAGUUGGAUCAAUCUCACAGAGCAGUGGCCGUAUAGAACAUCGUGGCUCAUACUACAUCUUGAAGAGACUGAAGGCGUUCCAGAUCAGCUGACUUUAAAAACCAUCUAUGAGAGGUAG